CUCAAACGCUUCCGAGUGAUAGCUAUUGCUGUGCCACAAAAUGAAGUACUCAAUUUUUUUGAUAAUUGAGUAAGAAGAAAAAAAAUAUAUACCUCACACAGAGACAGAUGUGAUUAUUGAAUAUUAAAAUUCAUAAAAAGAAGCAGUUGACGACAGUGAUUAAACUAGUGAUUGGUGACGUAAAAAACUGGAAAAAGAAAAGUGUUAUCAUCACAGCAGGCUAUCAGUCGUCUCGAGAAUAACAAAUCUAGACAGCCAAAUUUUUAAUGACACGUCCUACGAGUCUUUGUAUUUGAAGCUGCUGAGUCAUUUUGAUCAAAUCGUUACCACUCUAGAAUAUAUAAAUUCCUCUUAAAUUAUAAUCAUGUUAGCUAUAAAAUGGAUAGAGCCGAGCCUCCUCAGAUCAUCUAUAAGUUGUUCAAGUUUGUCAAGAGGCCGGUGCAACCAGUUGAUACGAACUCUGACUACCAGUAGUCGAAACAUCAAAAGCUUUAAGCUCCAAAAUAGUUACAAAAUGUUUGAGAGACAUUUUUCCGAGACAACCUGUACAAAACCAAUGGUCUUGAGCAAAAUCAACAACGUGUCCAUUAUUGCAGAGUCAUAUUACAAGCCAGGAUCACGAUUAUUAUCGACGCAAACAGUCAAAGAUGUCGAAUUUAAAAGUCACGAUAAUAUCGCUGGAAAGCCUGUUGUAAGCAAUAUCAGUAUUCCUUUGGCUCCAAAAGUACGCGAUUUUAUUGAAGAAGCCGUACGACUAUGUCGACCUGAUAGUAUUUAUAUUUGCGAUGGUAGUGCGGUGGAAAAUGAAAAAUUAUUAAAGCUAAUGCAAAGUAAAGGCACUAUUGAACCACUCAAAAAAUAUGAUGACUGCUGGUUAGCUCGAACGAAUCCUGCUGAUGUCGCUCGAGUCGAAAGUAAAACAUUUAUCAGUACUGAGAAUAAAAAUGAUACCAUACCAAAAAUCCGUGAUGAUGUGAAAUCCACUUUGGGCAAUUGGAUCUCCCCAAAUGAUAUGGAGAUAGCUAUUUCAGAACGUUUUCCAAAUUGCAUGAAAGGUAGAACAAUGUACGUCAUCCCAUUCAGCAUGGGACCAGUUGGGUCUCCACUAUCUAAAAUUGGGAUUGAAAUCACUGAUUCAGCUUAUGUAGUUAGCUCGAUGCGCAUAAUGACGAGAAUGGGUGAAAAUGUGCUUAAAGUCUUAGGUAAUCAAGAUUUCGUAAAAUGUUUACAUUCAGUUGGAGUACAAAAAGCCAAUUCUAACGCCAAAAUUUAUGAGACUUGGCCAUGCGAUCCUGAUCGUACGAUUAUUCUUCACAGACCUGCUAAAAAUGAAAUUGUUUCUUAUGGUAGCGGCUACGGUGGAAACUCAUUAUUAGGAAAGAAAUGUUUUGCUUUGAGAAUUGGUUCAACUAUCGCAAGAAAAGAAGGAUGGCUUGCAGAACACAUGCUGAUUCUUGGAGUUACGAAUCCCAGUGGUAAAAAACGUUAUAUUGCUGCCGCCUUUCCAAGUGCCUGUGGGAAAACUAAUCUCGCAAUGAUGCAACCAACCUUACCAGGCUACAAAGUCGAAUGUGUUGGUGACGAUAUAGCCUGGAUGCGUUUCGAUGAGCAGGGUCGAUUGCGUGCCAUAAAUCCGGAAAAUGGCUUUUUCGGCGUAGCACCUGGAACGAGUAGCGCUACAAAUCCAAAUGCCAUGGCUACAAUUUUUAAAAAUACAAUGUUUACGAAUGUAGCAAAGACUGAUGAUGGAGGAGUAUUUUGGGAGGGCAUGGAAAAAGAAAUAUCCCAAGAUGUUCAAAUAACGGACUGGCAUGGAAAACCAUGGGUCCGUGGUUCUAAAACACCUGCUGCACAUCCCAAUUCACGUUUUUGCAGUCCAGCUCAUCAAUGUCCCAUUAUUGAUCCAGCUUGGGAAGAUCCCAAAGGAGUUGUAAUUGAUGCUAUAUUAUUUGGAGGUCGCAGACCAGAAGGAGUACCGCUUGUGUAUCAAGCACGGGAUUGGCGUCAUGGUGUAUUUAUUGGUGCCACUAUGAGAUCUGAAGCCACUGCAGCUGCUGAACAUAAAGGAAAAGUAGUAAUGAACGAUCCAUUUGCUAUGCGACCAUUCUUCGGUUAUAACUUCGGUCAUUAUUUGGAGCAUUGGUUAAGCAUGUCAAAGGUACAAAAUGCUCGACUCCCAGAAAUUUUCCACGUUAAUUGGUUCCGAAAAGGUCCAAAUGGUUUCUUGUGGCCUGGUUUUGGCGAAAACUCACGAGUCUUAGAUUGGAUUUUACGUCGCAUUGAUGGAGAGGACAUUGCAACCGAUUCACCAAUCGGAUACAUUCCAAAACUCGACUCCCUCAAUCUCAAGGGAAUAAAUAAUGAAAUUGAUUUGAAAGAACUCUUUAGUUUACCGAAAGACUUUUGGCAAAAAGAAGUAAAAGAACUAAAGCAAUAUUUGAAUGAUCAGGUUGGAGAAGAUCUACCCGCAGACAUUGUACGAGAACUCGAAAAAUUAGAGAAAAAUGUUUCUAAACUCUGAGGAGCAAUCUUUAAGUUGAUUCAAGAAUUUUGUAUUUGUUGAAUAGAAGUUUUAUAUUGUAUUUUUAUAUAAUAAAUAAAAUAUCACAAACUUA